AUGCGCAGCGUCAACCGAAGCCAUUCGUCGAAAUCCAAUGAUAAUCUUCGGAAUCCACUGUCGAGAAUCAAGCGAUCAGCACUUUCAGAACCGAAGAAACAACUUGAUGGGAAACGAUUGAAACUUGAUGAAGCUGCUCAGUCAUCUAGCGCAUUUUUUAACUAUGCUAAUGCAGAGCCUGUAUGUUCGAAAAGCCAACAGUUGAUGAUUAUCCAAGACAACCAAUCAAUGGAAUGUGCUCAGAGAGAAACAACUGCUUUUGCUUCUAACGGUGAAUCGAGCUCCUCUCAGCGCACAGUGACAGCGCUAAGUAUGCCGUCCUUGAACGUUGAUGUACCAACUAUUGCUAUAGAUGACGAUAAAGAAGUCCAGCCUACCAAUAAUAUGGAACAACAGCUAUCUUCUAAUCAAGUUACCACGAAGUUUAUGGAAAUGCUGCAACCCGGCCAAAGUCCUAAAAUUUCAGUGGCCCCAUCAAUGGAGAUGAUCUAUACUGAUCAAGAACAUCGCACUGAUGAAGUUUUAAAUAACGAACCUUCCUCUCAUAACUCACUCAAAUUGUCUGCUAAUCUAUACAGUCACAUGGAUCGGGCACGGCCCUUAGUACCGAUUCAAAAAACGGUUGAGAAGAGAACACGUCCCACGAAUAUCUCAAGAAAUUUGGCUAUUGCCGCGCAGAAUCCAUCAAAUUCAAUGGACCAAACUGAAUCUUUAUCAAUGCGCUUGGUGAAAGAUAAAUCAUCAUUAGUUAUUCAGAAUCAAUCACAAAAUGGUCAACAAGUACUAGGAAUGAACACUGGAAAUCACACAGAUCAAAUAGCUUCGCGUAGGAGCAUUGCAAGCAGUUCUCAAGAAAUUCAGAAUGUACCCAAAAUAAAUGUCAAAAUAUCUCACGACCUAGCUGCUGUCGAUCGAAGGAAUGCUAUUCAGAGUAGUACCAAUAUUGCAUCUGCUUCACAAAACCUUUCAAACUCAUCUCGGCGCCCUAUCAUUGUCCAACAAUCAGAUGGACAGCAAAGUUCCCCAACUCAAGAACAAUAUCUCACGCGCUCUCAUCAAAAUCAAUAUCUACCGACCGAUCAGAAUAACUUUAAACAAGACGUAUUCAUGGGAUCGUCAAAGAGCAACUCUCGAACUAACAUAAUAAGGAUUCCAUCUAUUAGACAACUACUAAAUUCAACAAACCCUUCAAAACCGUUGUAUCAGACGUCCGAGAUUCGAUUACAGAGGCAAUCGCAACCAAACCAGCAAGACUCACAACGGCAACCGCGAAGACUGAAAUUACGUAAUGGCAUCUCUAUCGAGGCGAAAAACAACCGGCAAAGGUCUACUCUUCAAGGAGUCACAAAGGAAACGCUGUCAACUAUUCUAACAAAACUUCUGAAUUCAGUGCAACAAGCACUAUCGGCUAUUCAUAAUAGC